CUUCCGCGAAAUUAUCCUUUAAACAAGCCGCUGCUUAAAGCCGAAGCGCUGGAUCGUGACACUGGUGAGAAUGGCCGCGUUCAUUACGUGCUACACGGGGAACGCACUGCACAUCCGUUCUGCAUCAAUCAGGAAACGGGCGAAGUUACUCUCUGUCAAAAGCCGCUUGAGAUAGAGAGUGGAUGGAAACUAAAAAUACAGGCGUUGGAUUCAGGCUGGCCGAUGCCACGCAGUAGUGAGAUACUAAUCAGCGUUUAUGUGAAUGGCACAAACGUACCAUCAAAAACAUGGCCGUCACUACUCCGCGAACCGGAAAACGAACAUGCACCAGUUUUUGCAACACUUCCCACACUGCGUGCAGCAGCAGAUGCAUCACCUGAAACGAUAGUGGGGCGCGUUGAAGCAUUUGAUAGCGAUGCUGGCUAUGCAGGCUUGCUACGAUAUGGCUCCACCGACAAGUUCUUUGCUGUGCAGCCAUUUUCUGGCGAAAUUUUUGUGCUGGGAGCAUUGUCCGAUUUGUUUUCAAGUGAAAACAAGACGCGGUAUGUGGAGCAUAUAGUUGAAGUGAGUGCCUGUGACUGGGGUCAAGCGAUGAAGUGUACCAACGGAUCUAUGAAAAUACUGCUCAGUGCAACAAACAUUCAUAAACCAUAUUUCGAAAAGCACCACUAUCGAGUACGAAUAGCAGAAGACACGGCAAUUGGAACAGAGAUUUUAGCCCUCUCUGCUCAGGAUGAUGAUUACGGGGAGAAUGGAAUGAUUGGAUAUCAGCUGCUCGGCGAGCAUAAUCAGUUUACAGUCAACCAAAGUACUGCCCUCUCUGCUCAGGAUGAUGAUUACGGGGAGAAUGGGAUGAUUGGAUAUCAGCUGCUCGGCGAGCAUAAUCAGUUUUCAGUCAACCAAAGUACUGGUAUAUUAAAAGUGAGCGGGAAGCUGGAUCGCGAGUUAAAGGCUUCUCAUCGGUUCACUGUUAUGGCAUUUGAUCAUGGACAACCAAUGAAAGCUGCAUUUGUGAAUGUCACUGUUGUGCUAGUCGAUGUCAACGAUAAUGCUCCACAGUUCGCUGUUAUGGCAUUUGAUCAUGGACAACCAAUGAAAGUUGCAUUUGUGAAUGUCACUGUUGUGCUAGUCGAUGUCAACGAUAACGCUCCACAGUGCGCUGAAACUGUACAUACGGUAUGUAAUAUUCUUCCAGGUUCAUUCGUUAAGCGGAGGAGAUAA